CAGCAAGCAGUGAUAACAUUGGAGAGUCAAGCAACUAUAAGAGUGGAGGUACAUAUGGUAAAUUUGAGUAUGAAAGCAAGAAAGUGGAAAAAGAAAAAGGCUACUAUACCAGGGAGCAAUCAGAAGAGGAGACCACCGAGCAGGAGAACAUGGUAAAAGAAACCACUGGUCAGGAAGAGACACCUCCAUCGGAGGUAGAAACCAAUGAAAUGAAGAUUCCUAGUCCUGCUAUCUAUUUAACUGUCCUGGAGGAAGUACUGAUGCCAGAAGAAGAGGAGGAGUUUGCCAUUGGAGAACCAAAAACAGAUAUAGACAACCUAACAGAGGAAGAAUGA